AUGAACAAUACAACUGCAGACACAUCAUGCCUCGCCGAGGGGAGGGAGGCACAGAACCUUACCGGGAAGAACUCGGUGAGGACACUCCGAAUGCAGGUGCUCAUCACCUCCUACGUCUCUUCGUUUGCCGAUGGCCAAGUUCCAAGCGAGGCUUGUUGGAAUUCGCUCCUGUCCCUGAAGCAAGCACUCGAGAAGCUUUCACACCACUUCUCCAAAGCUGAGUUCCACACAAUCCCAACCGAAGUCGUCGUCCAGCCAUAUGCUGCAUCGAUGCUGCCAGGCGAACCCCACCUUCUCGACCUCUGCAGCCUUCGCAAUAGAGCAGUGGGAGCCAUUCACAGGCCUGCUCAUCCAUGUGUGAAAUGUUGCAUUCAGGCACGAUCCCUGAAUCGCUAG